AUGGGGAACACGAACGUCAAACCUCAUCCAAAACCACGAAAUAAGAAACAAGUCCACUGGAAAGCUGCAGCUAGACCACCACAGCCAGGAAAACCCCACCUGAUAUCCGAAACAGAAAGCACCCCCGACCUAGUUACGAUACGCUGGGAAAAACCGUUGAAUGAUGGAGGUGCCCCCAUAUUCGGCUACCUUGUCGAACAUCGCCGCACAGGCUCACCUCAUUGGGUACGCUCAACCCCACUUCUCGUCCAAACCCAAGAGCUCACCAUAAGCGGCUUAGAACCCGGUUGGAGGUACCAAUUCAGAGUCAGCGCAGAAAACGCGGUUGGUAUUUCAGAUCCGAGUGAACUAUCCGAAACGAUCACAGUCACCUUACAAAGAUCUGCUGUCACUGCCCCACGUUUCACAGAAGAGCUUAAAGAAACUACUACUCUAGAGAACGAAAAAGCUGAAUUUAUCGUCCACUUCUUGGGGCAACCAGCCCCUAAAGUAUGUUGGUUCAAGGACUCCUUCGAGAUUUUCAGCAGUAGGAGGAUCAGGAUAAUCACGGAUGGCGAAAAAAGCAUCCUGACAAUCCACCAAAGCUCUUUGUCUGAUGAAGGCGAGAUCAAAUGUACAGCGACUAAUCGAGCUGGGCACGUGUCUACGAAAGCAAAGCUUAUUGUUGAGGCACCUCCAAAUAUCAGACUGCCAAGACAAUACGAGGAUGGACUGCUUUUCGAGCUUGGGGAAGUGAUUCGGCUGAAAGUAUCUGUGGCAGGACGACCGACUCCCUUGGUUUUUUGGAGUCACAAUGGCGAAUCUCUACGAAAUAACGAUCAUUGCGAAAUAAGUCAUAGCGAACAAUCCUCUACCUUGAAGAUAAAUGAAGCGAAUCGAGAAGAUAGGGGAGAAUAUCACAUUAAAGCAGUUAACAAAUUAGGGGAAACUAACCAGUCAUUUCUUGUGACAGUGACUGAUAAGCCAUCUCCUCCUGGUAGAGCAAGGGUUGUCAUGGCCUUGGGUAGAUCAGUAACCCUAUCCUGGAGUACGCCUCAUGAUGAUGGUGGAUGUAAAAUUGGAAACUACAUUGUCGAGUACUAUCGGCUUGGAUGGAACGUGUGGCUCAAGGCAGCAACAAGCAGACAAUUAACAACCAUGCUGGGAGAUUUGAUAGAAGGUAGCGAAUAUAAAUUCAGAGUCAAAGCUGAGAGUCCGUAUGGGGUGAGUGAUCCAGGAGAGGAAUCAGAUGUAGUGUUUGUACCAGACCCCAAAAGAGGUAUUCUGCAACCAUCAACUAGAGGUCUAAGUCAGCAAAGAGACAUCGAACAACAGCCAGUUACUCCAGUAGCUCGCAGGAAGAACAAACAACGAUCCCUAUCAUCACCUAGGAUUGAGAACCCCAUUCAAUUCUCUUCGAAUGAAGAUAGCUUGAUUGACACCAGUCAAAUACCGAAACGGCCUGAGAGAGCCAAAGUCAAGAGUCCACCUAAAACACCUGAAGCUUCACCUAUGGCCAAUAAAAGAAUUGUUGACACCAAAGCCAACAAAAAAUUGUUCGAGCUUUCUGAUAGAUCAUCAAUGGCACGUGACUUAGCUUAUGGCAGCCCAGAUAUCAAACUCAAGAAAGAUUCACAGCAAAUUGAUUAUCUCAACACCUAUUCCAGCGGGUCGGAAAAGUCAAGAACACCUAGCCCUACAGGAAAUAAAAAAAUUGAUCAAGCAGAUCAUUCAGUUGAGGUCAAAUCUUCAUCUGAGAACACGACAUUGAAUGAGAGUUCAACAAGCAGUCUAGAUAAGAAGACGUUUAGGACACAGAGGAAUAAGAACGAUAAUCUAACUGGAAGUUCUGAAUUCAUGUUGGUCCUUUAUCCUGGUGAAAACGACAAAGACCAGUUCGAUUCUGAAUAUGAUUCAAUUCCACCUCCAAUGUCGUUGUCGGCUCCUGAACUAGGCAGUGAAGCUACUCCAUUUCACAAUCUGAGGAAUUCAGCCAGUUCUUCAGAGCUACUACAUGAAAGAGCAAUGAUGAGAAUAUACCAAGCCGCUGAAGCUGAAGAGAAGGAGAUAGAAAGACGAUUGAAGUCAUUGCCAGGUGGAAAAGACAUUCCAAAAAUACAGAUCAACUCUAAGGAUGAUCAUAACCUCGAAGGCUUAUAUAGACAAUCAUCUUUCAGAAGAAAAUUAUCAUUCGGUGGAGCUUGUAAAGAAAGCUAUAUCCAUCGAAGAAGGCAUAGUCUGAAAAAUCCUUCAGAGCUCAAAGAAGAAGUUCUCCAGGAUAAUUUACGCAAGUUCAAGUUGAGUACUGAGGAAAAGAAACAAGUAUUGAUUGAGAGGCUGAGAUCUAAAUCUGUAGAGAAUGAAGAACGAGUCUUCGAAGAAUUACGACUGAAGAUGAGUUCGAAAGGGAAAUCCAGUAAAGGAAAACAUGAAAUACGCAUUGCCGAUGAAGAAAAAUGGGAUGAGGACUAUUCAUCUAGUACAGAUGAAUCUGAAUCGGAAGACGACUACAAGUCAAAUGAAGUUCCUAGAGAGUACUAUCACAGUGACGAAGAAGAUACGGAAACGUAUCAUCCAGAAAUGGCGACAAAACAAUCUACGAAAAAUAAUGAGCCAUUCGAGAUAUUAACUGUGCGGAAAGAUCCACCAAGCCCAGAUUUUGUACCAAAACCAAUUUUGAAGAGAACUGAACAUGAAGAACAAAUGUCACAGAAUACUCUAUCAGCAGUAUUUCAGCCGAGAAAUCGGUCUAGCUCUCCAAUACCAAGAGGUCGUUCGCAUUCUCUGGCAGAAACAUCUAUCACAUUACCCUCGAUCAAAAAACCAACAACAGAAGGAAUGGACAAUCAUCCGCGUAAAAGGUCUUUCUCUCUCCUACCACAAGAUGAAAUUAAUAUAAAAUCUGUAAAUAUUCCUCAGAUACCUUCUGUUCCAGAAAUACCGAAACCAUAUUCCAUAAUGCACAGCAUCUCUGCAGCUGCAACCAUUUCUGGUAUUACUGCAGCAAGUAUUGUAAUUCCAAGUAAACUCUUGGACAAGCAAAAGGACACUGAAGAAGCCAAAGUUGUCAUCGAUCAUUAUGGAGAUAUCGUCAAAAGUUAUGGUAGUAGAAGGAAGAGUAACCCUCAAGCAUAUCUGGACAGAGAUUCACUAAAGAGAGCUGCAGAAAUCGAUGAAAUACAAACUAAUGUUUCAAAAGGAAAAGAUGAGAUAACAAACAAUAGUCAGCAGUCAAAAACUGUUGUGACAACAAAAGGUUAUAUUUCUGGAGAGGAGAAAAAUGCGGCGGAUGUUAAUCAUGUCACUAGUUCUGGGUUUGAUGAUUCAUCUAUUGCUUCACAGUAUAAAGACAAUCGUUUGUCCAAAGAUCAAAACAAUUGUCCGGAUAAUUCUAGCAAUUACCCUUUCAAUACAGCUGUUACUGCAAUGAGUAGAACAGCUUAUGAAUCUCCUAUUCGACCACUUAAGAUUGAUAUCGAGAAAUCCAAAGCAUCUACUCUGGAUUCAUAUAGAGGAAGAAAAACAGCUGCAUCUCCUUUACGUACAACGAAGACCAGAAAGACUUCUGUCUCUCCAAGCAUGCAAAACAGAAAUAAAUCCGUAAAAUCUCUGACAACAUCUCAGCGUCGACCAAUGCUCAGAGAAAUAAUGACACAAACCUCAGAGGGUUUGAUGGACUCGUUUAUCAAUGACUCUAGAACGCCCUCUCCUACAGAGAGAUCUAGAAAGCAAGAAGAAUUGAUCGCACAGGCAGGGGUAAAAGUGCACAGGUUUGUAGAUUAUACAACGGAUUUGGCUAUGUUCGUCGUUGCUUGUUGGUUAUAUUUAUUUCAAAAUGAGCUAAUGGCUAUUCCAGUUUUAUUGGUUAUGGUGUACCGGCAGCUACAGGAUGAGAUAUCUAAAAGAAUACCAAAAUGGAUAUUGCGCAGAUUGAGGAGGAAACAGAAGAAAUGA